UCCUCCUGUGAGCUGGGUUAGAUAACAUUUACAAAUACUGACCACAUGGGCAACGAGCUCCAAGAACCUCACACGACCUCAACAUGAAAACCGGUGUGGAGCGCCUGUUCGACGAACUUGGCCACUUCAGCAGGUUUCAGGCCUGCCUCUACUUUGCAGCUGUUUUCCAGGCCAUAUCGUGUGGGAUUCACUACCUGGCCUCUGUUUUCCUGGUGGAGACACCAAAGUUUCUUUGCGAUGCUCCUUGGAACAUCACUGAUGUCCUGUACAGAAACCACUCCGCAAGCUCACUGGAGGAGAUCUGGCCAUUUUAUACUCCUGGAAAUGGGCCAGUGGUGGUGCAGACAGUUAACGGAGAGCAGUGGGAACUCGGACCCUGUCGUAAAAUGCUGCGUCACUAUACACAAGAUUUUCAGUAUGAAUUUAUUGGCAAUAAAUCUGUGGAAUCAUGCAGUGGUUAUGCGUUUGACCAUAGCCAGGUGGAACAGAGUAUUGUAACAGAAUGGGAUCUGGUGUGUGAGAAGGAAUGGCUUGCCAAGCUUAUACAGCCUACCUUUAUGCUGGGAGUCUUGAUUGGAGCACUGCUGUUUGGAGACAUCGCUGAUAGGGUUGGCAGACGUCCCAUUCUGAUGGUCACCAGUGUGGCUCAGUUUGCAUUCGGCAUGACUGUGGCAUUUACAGGAAACUAUUACAUUUUCAUUGUAAUGCGCUUCCUGCUCGCCAUGGUGUCAAGUGGCUAUCUAGUUGUGGUUUUUGUGUACGUUACGGAAUUCACAGGCAUCAAAGUACGGACAUGGACGUCCAUGCACGUGCACGCAGCAUUUGCGGUAGGCGUCAUGGUGGUAGCACUGGUGGGUUACUUGGUCCGAGUCUGGUGGCUCUAUCAGGUCAUUCUUACCCUCAGCACCUCUCCUUUUCUCCUGUACUGCUGGAAGUUCCCUGAGACACCGUUCUAUCUGAUAGCCAACGGACGGCACCAGGAAGCCCAGGAGCUCUUGGAUACCAUGGCCUACUGGAAUGGACUGGAGCCCAGACUGAAGGUGUUGGAGCUGAUAGAGGAAAGUGGAGAUGCACUUAUGAAGGACAAGCAGCGCAACGACAGCAGGCUGGAAAAACCGAAGAAGAAGCUGAGCAUCUUGGACAUGUUCAGCAGCUGGAAGAUGGCUGGACGCAGUGCCACAUGUUGGGCAAUCUGGUUCACUGGCUCAUUGGGUUACUAUGUGUUCAGCCUAGGCUCUGUCAACCUGGGUGGAAACCAGUACAUCAACCUCUUCUUGGCUGGUGCUGUUGAAUUGCCAUCAUACUUAAUUGGCUGCUUAGCGAUGGACCGGGUUGGGAGGAAAAUGACAUGUGCUCCAGCACUGCUCCUGGGUGGAAUUGCCUGCAUGCUCAUCAUUGCAGUGCCUCAGGACUUUGAGAUUUUGACUGUUGUCCUCAGUAUGAUUGGGAAGUUUGCCAUCGCAAUUGCAUUUGGCCUCAUUUACUUGUACACAUGUGAGCUGUACCCAACAGUCAUCAGGUCACUUGCGGUGGGAAGUGGUAGUAUGUCAUGUCGGCUUGGAAGUGUGGUGGCUCCAUUCUGUGUCUACCUUGCAGACAUCUGGAUCUACCUGCCUCAGGUCAUUGUGGGUGUCCUGUCUUGCAUUAUUGGAGUGUUGACCUUGUUCCUGCCAGAGACACUGGGGGAGCCACUCACCUCCACCUUGGAGGAGGCAGAAGCUCUGGGCAUGAAGUCAAGCAAGAAAACAAGAGACAGUGAGAUACAAAUGAACCUAUUUGACAACAAUGCCUGAGUCAAACGAGACUGAAGUAAUCAGGAAUUCUCUUCAGCUUCCUACUGCUGGUUAGACAUUCAUCACAACACCAUAUAAGAAUUUUUAUGGGGGAUUUUUUUAGCAAUAGAUUUGUUCAGGAAGACUACUCUAAUUGAGGAAUAAAUACAAAACACAUGAACAGCAUCAAAUGUGAUUUAAAAAAAAAAAGCAAAGAUGACUGUGAAGGACUUUUGUUUUGUGCUGCACAAUGCACAAUAAAUGUUUUUGUUUAACUCUUUCACCACUGCGUAACUUUAUAUACAGACUGCUAUAUAGACUAUAUCACUUUAUAUAAGAAAUACCUCCCCCUUGGAAGAGGCAGAGGCUCCGGGCAUGAAUGUUUAAUCUGGCCUAAACAUUGCUAAAAAACAACCAUAAGAACAAAUCUGUGUACAUUAGACAUUGUUUCAUCGAUUUCUUCUCACUUGAGCUUUUACACAGGUGUGUGUUAACUCAGAUAAUACUAUGUGAAUAAAACAAAUUUUAUUGUACCUUUUGUGAUAAAUUCAAUAUAAACCAGUACACAAAUUUUAAAAGAAAAUAUAGUGAACAUAUGGUAGUCACAUAUUUGGUACCAUUAGAAACUAGAGGAAUUCUGCUUAUGUAACUUAUAUUCUGUUUGUGUGAGAAUAUGAAACACUUAUAAAGUGAACACUGGUGAAUAUAACAGAUAAAUUACAGGUACAUUCCUUAUCUUUAAAAUAACAUAAUCUGGCCUAAACAUUGCUGAAACCAACCAUAAGAACAAUUAGACAUUUCUAAUCUAUU